AUGACGAGAGAGCGAGAGCCGAGCAGCCGACCAUUCCUGGGCUUCCGGAGCCAAGCCUGCCCAGCGCCGAGGCGUCUGUGUCCCUCCUCGAAGGUCGAUCACGUGACCAUAACUCCUCGAAGACCUUUCUUUGACCAGAGGACCUUUCCUUGCCUCUCGUUGCGCCAUUAUUGCGUGCCGCUGAAGCCUUCAGUCGAUAGGGUUAAUUCAGGGCCUCGCGGAGUUAGAUUCCAGGCGGUUGUGCUCCACUCCGGGUCGAAGUGGACCUGGGAGCAAGAGUGGCUAAGAAGUGGCUCUAUACUAGUCGAGACCAGAUCCCCACUUCCGGAUGCAGUGGUGCCUCUCCGGGCCGGGGCAGAGAACACCGUCGGCUCCACGUGGGUUCUCGAGAGUCCGGGCCACAUCGCGAACAAGUUUUCUUCCUUCGUUCGCGUCAUCUACACCACCGAGGCGUCUAUGGAGGAAAACUCCUCUGCCUCGCUUCCCAACAACGUCCAGGAGAGCAGCGACCCUGCCAUCGAGGAAGGAGGCGACGAAAAGGAGGAGGAAGAGGACAAAGGUAAUAGUGACGGCGAAGAGAAGACGGACGGCAGUGGCGACGACUCGGGGAUGUUCCUGGAAGCGAAAUCUGCUAUGAAUGGCAGCUCGAAAGCAGACGCAAUCCUCCCGGGAACGGUGCGGGAUGCAGCGCCUGCUCUGGCGGGGUCGUCGCAGAUCAUACACUGCAAGACCUUCAUACCUCGCCUCGUGUCCAGUGGCGGGCUGUGUGGCAGUGCGGAGUGGGAGAAUAUGAGAGAGCUGCUGGAGAGACUCAACGCCUGGGUCGUGGCUUCAGAGGGCAGCUUGGUCACGCUGCAGACUCACCUCGUCUACGCCUCAGGCAAUGAGGUUCGCCCGGAGGAGACGCGGUGGGCGAGGCCCAUGAGGAACGCGGAGCAAGUGGGUGUCCUUCACGCCAUUGUGCAAGGAGGUCGCCCCCCCACGGCAUUUCCUUCCGCCCCCCCUCUCCCCUCCCGGAAAUGUGCUAUCAUGUGAAUUUGCUGAGUGGGAAACGUGACUAAUUUAUAGUUACUGUUUAGAUCAAAAUGGUAUAUAUGUUAUAUAAUAAUCAAAUAUUAAUGUAUAAAUGUUUUCUGUGAAAUCGUUGGAAUUUAAGAAUAUAUGUAAAAAAAAACAACAACAGAAUUGGGAUGAAUACUGUUUAAUCUGCUCGAUUUUUUCCAAUAAGACGAACGUUGCAAAUGGAGACAAGAUGUUACUAGAUAAAGAAUAUAAUAUAUUCUAAAUCCUAAUCAAGUAAUCUUAAUUAAAUCUUCAAAAAGUUGGUAUUUGAUAUUGGUGGAAAUCGUUUGAUGUAUGUUUUAUGAAAAGGUGUUUGUUGUUUGUCAAAUUCAAGUGCUACCAUUACCCUGAAUACUGAACGUAUUUCUGUGUUAGUUCCCUUUCCUAAUGAACAGUUGGUUAUUUUAGAUGUAUAUGUAAAAUUUGUUACGAAUGAUAUGCACAC